GAGCUAGCCGGUCCUGCACACCUCUAGCAGACUAGCACUAUGGCUCCCAAAAACUCAGCUGUCUUCCUCCUUGGGCUUCUUCUCUCAUGCGUAGCCAUGAGUGGUGUGGCGAGAAUCCUUGAGGAGACCGUUCCGUCCAAGGAAGAGCACCAGAAUGAGGUGCCACAUAUUCCCAAGGUAGAGCUUCCACUGUUCCCGGAGGUACACCUGCCACCUAAGCCUGAGCUUCCCAAGGUGGAGCUGCCGCCGGUCCCGGAGGUGCACCUGGCACCUAAGCCUGAGCUUCCCAAGGUGGAGCUGCCGCCGGUCCCUGAGGUGCACUUGCCACCCAAGCCGGAGCUGCCCAAGGUGGAGUUGCCAACGUUCCCGGAGGUUCACCUGCCACCCAAGCCGGAGAUGCCCAAGGUGGAGCUGCCGCCGAAGCCCGAGAUGCCCAAGGUGGAGCUUCCACCAAAGCCCGAGAUGCCCACUGUUCCCAUGUUCCACUUCCCAAAGCCGGAGGCCAAGCCAUGAGAAUUGGCUUCUCAAUACUGUCGCCUCGUUCUGCUUCGCUCGUACAUGUACCCUAGUGUUGUGUUGCGUCAACAGUCUGAUUGUUCAGUCGUGGUCGACGAUCACUGUGAGUGAUAUGUUUAUAUAAAUAUACUCCCUUCAUUCCUAAA